AUGCUUAUUUGGUUCAUUGCGAUUGUGCUGGUAGCACUACUUGCAUGUCUGGCAAUCAAAUUCUUGGCUCUUCGUAUCGUUUUGGCGCUAAUACUAACACUUCCGAUUUUGAUCUCAAUUGCGUUUUGUGUUCUUCGCAGAAGUCCAGUCACCGAAAGCACUAGCGUUGUAUUCUUCAACAAAACCAGCGUCAUUUCUGAGCGCGGAGAAGCUCAUGGUGCUGUUCAUGAGAACACAAUUGCUGCUUUCCGUCAGGCUAAAGCAAAUGGAGCAGAUACUAUCAAAAUGGAUGUUCGGAUGACCAAAGAUGGAAUGUUGAUAAUUCUUCAUCCCGACAGUGUUAUUACUGACAAUGCGACUUAUGUUGUCAGUGAAACACAUUGGAUCCAGAUGAGCCUGCUCAAUGUUUACGGAGGUUCUAAUGGAACCAUUUUGACAUUCGACGAAGCUGUAUCCUGGUGUGAGGCAAACAAAAUGAACAUGAUCUGGCAUCUUCCAGAGUUUUGUGGCGACCUGCUCACAUACCUCCGUAACAAAAUCAUGCAAGACAACUUGUAUGGGAAGGUUGCCGUGACAACCUACAACCUUCUGGCGGCUGGAAGAAUGAGAUGUACUGACUCGCAGUUGUUGAUAGGAAUGAUUUGGAAGAGCACCGAAUAUUCGAUUUCUGAUGGAACAGCUGUAGGAAGCAUGUACACCUCUUGGUACUUCUCCAUGAUGGACACAUUCACCUAUUGGAGCAUUAGGUCCCUACUUCUACCAAAAUUCCUUGGAGUGGAUUUCUUGGCUACAAGUGUCGAUGACGCAGACAGAGCCCUCAUUGUGGAAUCCGCUGCAUCAAGCAUCAAAACCUUCAUCUACGAUAUCAAAACUAUCGAAGAACGUAAUUAUUUUGCUCGUCAAAUGGGACUUCCAAAUCUCGUUAAUUACCUUGUUGCCCUUGGAACUUCUUCCUCUUCUUCGUCAUCCGGAAAUUCGUCCAAUUCUAGUCGGAAAUCUAACUGA